AUGGGUGCGGGAACAGCGGGCGUCGGUGCGGGGGCGGUGAGAGGGGAGGGACAAGGGAAAUUAACCGGGGCGUAUGGAGACGGCGUGGCGCAGCGCGGCGCGGAGCAGCCUUGGGUCGCUCGCCUGAGGGAGCGCCGUGAGCCUAGGCGCGGAGUGCCGCGGCGGUGGGCCGGGGCCGGGGGCGCGGACGCGGGGGUGGGGAACAAGGGGUGCUGUUGGGGCUGCGAGGGAGCGCCGCGCCUCAAAGCGAGGGGCGUGUGGUGUAGCGCGGCGAGGUACGUUCUGCCCGAAAUUGCAAAGAAUGGAGUCCCAGCGCGUUUGUUCGUGGAGUCACAAACUGCGAUAUACUUUGCGGCAACAAAAAUAACUUUAAAUCAGAUUGAAUUUAUGUUGAUGAAACAAAUAUUAUGA